AUGGCUGCCUCCGACAAACGUCUCGCCGACAUUGACCGGUCGAAGACUGAGCCCAUCAACUUCGAUGACUCCAAGCUAGGAAAGGUGAAGCCUCCGCUUGCAUCAGCCGAGGGCUUUGGCCUCUCGUCCAGCGAGCUGCGGAAUAUCUUCGGCAUGAGACCAAGUUCUUUCGGUAGCCUCCCGAGACGCAUCGUCAUCCCCGAUCUCAAGGCUUCGGCCAAGGCCGAUAGGCACUCGAUGACGGGGUACCUGUACAUCGUCGAACCUGUAGCUUGGGUGCCUCGCGUCCAUCACGGCACUACAAUCCCUCUGUCUGUCUUCAAGAAGCCGAAUAUCAAGAAGGAGCAACCUAUUCUCGAGUCGGCCCUCAACAAGCCCGGCGUGGCUGCCCAGUUGAUCACCAAUACUGCCGGCGCCUAUAUCGGGACCAAGGCUACUAAUACCAAGAAGCCUGGCUACUGGGAUAAGAUGAUUAUUACUGCAAAGCGCCUCUUAUCUGCGGUAGGCAGUCUACAGCUCCACCUGCUUCCCCUCGAGGGCCCAGAGGACCUAUCCAAGCUGCUCUUUAUCCUGCCGGUGCCUCGCCUACUCAAUUCCGGCAAGCUCGAAGCCGUAACGCUUGUGAGCCGAUCCAGCUGGCCCGACUGGUACUUAUAUAAAGAGAACGCCUGGGUGAACGCUCCGGCCGAUAAGUUCCUCAUGGUCGCGGCGCCACAGAAUCAGACGGCUUUCCAGGCUGUGACAAUAUGGGCACCAUUGAUUGAACCCGAUGAUUAUUGUGGCACUAACGGCCAAGAGUGGAAUGGCAACAAGUACACCAACAACACGGGCAUCAACACCAGCACCAAUACCUCUCAGUCCACCAAACCUCAGCCCACCAUACAGACGGAUACCAACAAGAACGCAGGAGUCCCCAAAACAAACGCCAACACCAACACCAACGCCAAUACUAAUAACAACAUCAACGCCAAUGACAAUAGUCUCGAGCCUUCCAAGCAGAAGGUAGGACCUGUUUUUGGCGGCACCGGCGAAGACACGAAGCCCUCAAACAAGCCUGAAGCCGCUGUCAAUCCACUACCUAACACAAGCAACACCAACACCAACAUCAACACCAACAACUCCAAGCCUCAAAAUGACAAGCCUGAGGCUAUUACCGACUCCAUCCCCAAGACUACUCCCGCAGUCAACUCUGGCUUUGAGUCCAAGCCCUGUGACACUACUAAGGACAAGCCCCUUGAUGGCAAGGCAGUCCCUACCAACACGAACACGAACACCAACAUCAACGGCUCCAAGCCUGAAGGUUCAACUCCUAUCAAAAACGACCUGUCAAAGACCAACCCCACAUCCAAAACUACUCCCGCAGUCACCAAUCCUGUCUCUGACUCCAAACCCCGCGACAACGAGAAAGGCAAGCCUACUGACGGCACGGCCGUCCUUCCCAACGCGAACACUAACACCAAUGCCAACACCAACAACCCCAUCCCUCCAAAGUCCAAGCCCGACACGGUCGUUGAAAGCAUCCCCAAGACUACUCCCACAGUCAUCAACCCUGGCUCUGACAACAAGCCCUAUGAUACUACUCAAGGCAAACCUGUAAAUGGCAGGCCCAUCCCCGCCAGCACUGACGCUAACAUACACGACAAUAAGCCCAUUCCUAACACAAAUACAAACACCAACACCAACGUCAACGGUCCUAAGCCUGAAGAUCUGAAUACUAUCCACAGGGACCUGCCAAAGACCAAUCCCACGCCCAAGACUCUGCAGACAGAUGUGAACCCUAUUUCUGGCUCUCAGAACUGCGGCAAUGGUCAAGACAAGCCCGUCAACAAUAAGCCUGCUAGUGGCAAACCCGUUCCUACCAACACAAACACAAACACAAACAUCAAUGACACGCCUACCAAAGGCAAGCCUGACGGCGACAAGCCUGUAGAGAGCAAACCUGUCAAUGAUCGGCCCAUCCCUGCCAACACAAACACAAACACCAAUGUCAAUGCCAAGCCCGUUCCCACCAACACAAACACCAAUACCAACAUCAACGGUUCUAAGCCUGAGGGUUCGACUCCUAUCAAGCAAGACCUGCCAAAGACCACGACCGGGAUUCUCCCCCCUCCAACCACCACCAACGCCAAUGUGAACAACAACACGAACACAAACCUGAGCAGCAAUCUUACCCCCCAUUCGUGGCCUUUCCACGGGACUAUCAUCCUGCGCUGUCCUUGCUGCCCUCCUGAUACUGCAACCAUAACCAUUAGUCCCCCGGCCCCCAAGCUAGUCUGA